AUGGAGUCACUGCCACCAGAAUUGAUAUCCCGAGUGGUGGAACACAUUGCUCAGAUUAUCCUGCGAAAAGACGAUGCUCCUGUUUCCCUGGCCCCAUAUGCUACUGUUGACCGUCGCUGGCAGGCCAUUAUUGAAAGACGCAAGUUUUCGUAUAUCGAUAUCAACAACGCUAAGCGAUUGGAAGAGUUUCAACGGAUAGAUAAGAAAGCGCGCGCCCCAUUCGAGACAGACGAGGAACGCCAACGAAACAACACAAUCUUCACCACGACUAUCAGCACUCUUUUCAGGAGCAUAUCGGGCUGGCCAGACGACGCUGGUAUCUCUCUUCACAUCGAAGCAAUGUCCCCUAGCGACUAUCUCGCUCUCAAGAGCAAGGCAUUGACGAAGCGAGGAAAACGACCGGGCAAACCACGGGUGAACGAUCUGCUCAGUCAGAGGUAUGAGAGAUCUUACCUUGAAUUCUCCAGAACAACAUCUGAUUCUGAGUGCCCGCCUGUUCCUGCGAUCACAUAUCUUUCAAUUCCCGGGGUCGGAAAGCAGCGGCUGAUUGAGCCGGCGUCGAACUUUGCCCGUAACCUUCACUUGUUUCCUGCCAGUGUACGAAACCUAGAUCUAGAAUUCCACAAUUUGCCUCCUGGUGAUCAGGACUACCCUCCUGAUGUGACGAUUGGACCAGAAUUGUUUUCGCCGUUUGGUCCGCAAUAUGACGGUAUCAAACUGCCAUUCUGGCCAAAUCUGAUUGAUGUUUCCGUGGAGUAUACGGCAGUAACACCGUCUGGAGAGUGGAUCUUUAACUGGGAGCCUGACGAGGUUGAGGAUGACGACACGGACGAUGCUUACCAGUCUUCCGAAGAUGAUGAGGAUGACUAUCCCGAACACCUGAGGAUUUUUGUCGAGGAUAGCAAGAGGCGAUAUUUCCAAACAACGAACACUGCGGGUUAUGUCGAUAAAUUUUGCCUUUCGGCUGGUCGGGCGGCCCUCCGAAUGCCCAAGUUGAGACAUAUGAUGCUUCAGACGAUGCCUCCUAGGCCAAGGUGCACAUUCGAGUAUAAAGUGCGAGCGGGAAGUGCGAAGCUCAGCUGGAGCAAUGAAGGCAUACGCUACCUGACCUACCCACUUGAGAGCGACGCUUCGCCGGAUGAGGAAGUCUUCCAGAUUUGGAGGAAAGUUGCUCUUCAACACACUGGAGAUGAACUCGAGGUUGAAUUUAAAGAGUCGAGAACAUGA